AUGACUCUCAUCAAACGCGUCAUGGCCAAAGCCUGCAUUUCGGGCUCGGAACGGCGUCCCGGAGAAUCGCUAGCCAACUCGAUGCUUCGCAACAAAGAUCUUCUCCCCGUCGCGCCCUCAAGUCGCCUUUGGACCUGGCACAACUUUGCCACCUUCUGGAUCUCGGACGGACUGAACCUCAACACGUUCAUGAUUGCUUCCACCGCUGUUUCUGCCGGUUUAAGCUGGUGGCAAGCAUGGGUGGCUAUCAUUGUAGGUUAUUUCGCUGUUGCAUUUUUGGUGGUCAUGACGGCGAGGAUUGGUGCGGUGUAUCAUAUUAGUUUUCCCAUCCUAGCAAGGAGUACCUUUGGAGUUUGGGGUGCCUUAUGGCCUGUCUUACAGAGAGCUGUUAUGGCCUCGGUGUGGUACGGAGUGCAAGCGUAUAUUGGUGGGCAGUGUGUUACGUUGGUUCUGGAGAGUAUGUUUCCUAGCUAUGCUAGGAUUGCAAAUGGGUUGCCUGACAGUGCCGGACUUACGACAAAGGAAUUCCUCAGCUUCUUUAUCUUUUCCCUUGUCUCGUUACCCCUGGUCGUUGUUCAUCCGAGUAAGAUCAGGUUGUUUUUCAACUUUAAGAGUAUUGUAGUACCUGUUGCAGCGAUCGCCUUCUUUGUUUGGUCGAUCGUAGAUGCCAAAGGGUUGGGUCCGAUCAUUCGUCAGCCGGGCAAGUUGAAAGCAAGUGCAUUUGGAUGGCAGUUUAUGGCCUCGCUUAUGUCUUGCAUUUCCAAUAUGGCGACUCUUGUUCUAAACAUCCCCGAUCUUUCUCGAAUGGCAAAGGAUAAGAGAAGUGUCAAGUGGAGUCAGAUCCUCGCCAUCCCCUUGACUUUUUCUAUUACUAGCUUUUUGGGCAUCAUAAUUGCUAGUAGCAGCACGGUGAUAUAUGGCGAGUUGAUUUGGAAUCCAGUAGACCUGCUGGGGGAGAGGUUAUUAAGGAGUCCAGGAGAUGCAGGGACAAGGGCUGGAGUCUGGUUUAUCGCUAUGGCUUUUAUCAUUGGUCAGAUUGGAGUCAACAUUGCUGCCAACUCGCUUUCUGCGGGACAUGACCUAGCAGCUGCCUGCCCGAGGUUUAUCAAUAUCAGAAGAGGGAGUCUUGUAGCAGCAGCGGUAGGGUUUGCUAUGUGUCCUUGGAACCUUCUUUCUUCUUCGAACAACUUUGCCACCUACCUUAGCGCUUACUCGUUAUUCCUCUCGAGCAUCAGUGGCACUAUGAUGGCGGACUACUACAUUGUCAAACGCGGCCUCCUACACAUGCCUUCGAUGUUCAGCGCGGACAAACACCACGAGUACCACUACACCUGGGGAUUCAACUUGAGAGCUUUCGUCGCCUACAUGGCCGGCAUUGCAAUGACAGUCACAGGCUUUGCAGGCGUACUGGGAGCACAAGUAAGUACGGCGGCCGAGAGGAUGUAUAUCCUGGCCUAUCCGAUCGGGUUUUUGGUUGCAGGUGGCGUGUAUGUCGCACUGUGCGAAAUCUGGCCCGUGGUGGGGGGCAAGAGUGUUGUGAGGGAGAAAUGGGUUUGGUUGGAACCGGAGAGUUGGGAAAGCGAGAUGUGGGAUGGCGAGUCACUGGGAAUCGAGCGGGAAAGAAGGGAGGAGGGGAAGGAAGGAGAGGCAAGUGUGGGUGCGAGUGAUGUUGAGAAGGGUUUGGCGCAUUACAAGUCGAGUACACCCCAACAGCAGGGUCAACAGGUUGUUGAUAGCGACUAUUACCACCUGCAGAAGUGA